UGCAGAACCAGAGGAGGCACUUCCAUCUGUAAGAGAUGGAUCUGUUUAUGUUUAAAGGGUUUUCCUAUUUUGUUUUCAUGUCAUCAGUCGAUCAGACAGAAGUGCAAAAGAGAAAGUGUCUGGGUUAUGCCUGAAUUGAGCCAGCUGUUGAUUUUGCCUGCUGAUUUGUUCACAUUUUAAGGCUCUCAUCUCCUCCUGCUGAAAGAAGCAGUGACUUCCCUCUGUGAUCUCUUCCUUGGCCUGCUUGUCUGUCUUGUUUUCGGGGAGCAAAGUGAGCCAUAACAAAGGCUUGUUUUCCUCGUUAUCCACUGUGGCCAUAAUUAGCUCUCUGUAAUUUUUCUUCCCUUUCACUGCUAAUUAUUAACGGUCUAUAAAGUUCUCAUGGGUGAUUUUCUACUUAGGGUUUCGCUUGGGAAGGGCUAUGUAGUUUUUACAAUAAGUGAUAGGAGAGGAUGGUAGCCAUGUGCUUGGAUGGUGCGGGGGAUGAAACGGCACCACCGGCUUUGGGAAGCCAAGAACUGGGAUAUAAAGCAGGCACCAUAUGAGGAACUUCAAGAGGAGGCUUUUGCAAGUUGAACUGUUUAUUUUGAGGUUCCGAUCCUUAGCGUUUGACACACUGCAGCGGUCAGAAAUAUUCUUAAGUUGCUGUGGUAUUUAGUGGAGGGAAUUGCACAGAGAACAACGCCCUAGAGAAUGAUCUUGGAAAAAGCUUAUGGAAUUCUCAUCAGAGAUGAGGAUAGAUAGAUCUGCUCCUCAGGACAUAGGGCUGAAAAAGCUGAGGAAUAGAAAACAGGGAUUGGAGUAACAGUGGUACACAGGGUUUGCAUGCCACUGAGCAGCUCCUAACACCUUUCUAAGCAAAGAUGUAGGAGCGAGGAGGCACUGAUAGGGCUGGAGAGAGGGAGUGAGGAUGGAAACAAGAGGAGAAAGGAAGAAGCUGCCUUAGAGAUGGAGCGGCUGCGAGCACGCUGUUAAGAACGGGCACAAACAAGGGGAGACAGCCAGGGAGCGACUCGAGGCGCGCGGAUGGGAGCCAGACGCCACAAGCUGCUCCCUCGGUGCCCGCUCAGUCUGCAGCCCGUCGGAGCGCUGAGGCGGGGGCGCCCCGCAGCCUCCCAACGGUCACGGCGUUUCAAACGCUCCCGCGCGAGCCGACCCCUCCGCCCCCUGCUCCCGCCCGCGGGGGGCGGGGCCGCCGGGGAGAAAGCGCGCGCCGGGCGAGAGGAGCCCAUUGGCUCCCGUCCGCGGGGUUGGCGCAGCGCGGGCCGGCCCCUCCUCCUCCCCGCUCUCAGCGCGCGAAGAGGAUGCUCGGCACCGGAGGCCGUCACCGAGCCGCUCCGUUGGCUGCCGGCUGCGUCCGUCACAGCCGAGCCCCGGUCUCUUCGCCGCCGCGCGGCGGAGGUCGCUCUUUCUGAUUGGUCGCCGCGCCCGUCGAUCGCGCCCGAGUCUCCGCCCCCGCAGAUCAGUCGCGGGCGGUUCCAACCGCGCGUUCCUAUUGGCCGCGCGGGCGCGGGGGGCGUGCGCGGGGGGCGGGGCUCCCGGCGCCCCCUUUGUGUGGGCACCAGUAGCCGGCCGAGCUCCCGAGCAGCAGCGGCCGCCAUUUUGUGCGCGUCCGUGUUUUCCCCCACCCCCGCUCCCCUCUCCGCGGCGGCCGGGACGCCCCGCGCCUCGUGCCGGGCAGGCCAGGCGAAGCCAAGGCCUCGGGCUGGGCCUCGGGAGCCACCGGGGGCCGUGAAGCCGCGCCGCUCGCAGCGAGAGAGGAGGGAAAGAAGCGGCAGAACGGAAAAGGGGGGGAACGAGGCUUCGGCGCUGCCCCCCGACGGGAGGAGGAGUCUCGGCGCCAGGCCCGGGCGCGGCACCGGCAUGGAGAACUCGCAGCUCUGCAAGCUGUUCAUCGGCGGCCUCAAUGUGCAGACUACGGAGGCCGGGCUGCGGGAGCACUUCGCGGCCUACGGCACGCUGACCGACUGCGUGGUGGUGCUCAACCCGCAGACCAAGCGCUCCCGCUGCUUCGGCUUCGUCACGUACUCGGCGGUGGAGGAGGCGGACGCCGCCAUGGCCGCCUCUCCUCACGCCGUGGACGGGAACUCAGUGGAGCUGAAGCGCGCCGUGUCCCGCGAGGACUCGGCCAAACCCGGCGCCCACGCGAAGGUGAAGAAGCUGUUCGUGGGCGGCCUGAAAGGGGACGUGGGCGAAGGGGACCUGGUGCAGCACUUCAGCCAGUUCGGCCCGGUAGAGAAGGCCGAGAUCAUCGCCGACAAGCAGAGCGGCAAGAAGCGCGGCUUCGGCUUCGUCUACUUCCAGAACCACGACGCGGCCGACAAAGCGGCCGUGGUGAAGUUCCACCCGAUCCAGGGCCACCGCGUGGAGGUGAAAAAGGCCGUGCCCAAGGAGGACAUCCAGGCGGGCGGCGGCGGCGGCUCCGCGCGGCCCUCGCGGGGCGGCCGGGGAGGAGGACGGGGUCGGGGCGGCGGCGGCUCCGGUAACCGGGACCACAACGGGCUGUCCAAGGGCGGCGGCGGCUACAACAGCUACGGCGGCUACGGCGGAGGGGGCGGCGGCGGCUACGGCGGCUACGGCGGCGGCUCGUACGGCGGCGGCGGGGGAGGCGGCGACUACGGCAACGGGUACGGCGGGUUCGGCAGCUACAGCCAGCACCAGUCCUCGUACGGCCCCAUGAAGAGCGGCGGAGGAGGGGGCGGAGGGGGUGGCGGCUGGGGGGGCCGCAGUAACAGUGGACCGUACAGAGGAGGCUACGGCGGGGGAGGGUACGGGGGCGGCUCGUUCUGAGCCGGAACGCCCGAACCCCUUGGGCCGGGGCGGCUUCUCGACGGUUUCUUCCUCGCCCGCCGGAGGGCGGCUCCUUUUAAAUGCCUCCCCGCUGGGGGAGCAGCUCCUAAAUGCCCCCUGGGGGCCGCCUCUGCCGCCCGUGCCGCUUCUUUCUCUCUGAAGACGGACCGGGCCCCACACACACACAUACUUUGUGUUACAGUCAUUGAUGGACUCUAUUUUUUUAUUAUUACUUGGACCUCGGUCGUUUUUAUACUAGCAACGAAAAAUGUCUUGUUUUAAUUUGCUUUUUUUGGGGGGUACGGGGUGGGAAGCGUCUUGCCGAUCUGGAGUAACAACCGGGGAGGGCUGUGGGGAAUUCCUUUGUUGUAAGGACUCGAUACCUGGCUACUACGUUUUUUUCUACAAAGCCUACUCGGAUCCCAUGACUGAAGUUAACGUUUCUGUAAAGGAGGAAAAAAAAAAAAGUCGUUUUUACGUUUUUUUUUUAUUUUUUAAAUAAAUCAUUGUGUUCAUUGA